GUACGUGUUAGCGGGGAUUUGAUAUUUCCUAUCCUAGGCAAUGGUCAUGGCAUUGCUGGGCUGCUAUGAUAUUCUUUUGGCCUUCAUAAGCUUUGUUUUGAUUUCUCUAUUGCUGGGUAAAGGAAAUGGGAUCCCAAGAAACUGGCCGUUUGUUGGUAUGCUUCCUGCUCUUCUUCUUCAUGUCCAUGAGAUCCACAGUUGGUGCACUCAAAUCCUAGCCCAAACUGGGGGUACCUUUCUCCUGAAAGGCCCUUGGUUCUCUUCCAUGGACUUGCUCUGCACUGCUCAACCCGCCGAUGUCCACUACAUCAUGAGCUCCAACUUCUCCAACUUCCCCAAGGGCCCUCAGUUUCUGGAGAUCUUUGACGUCUUGGGAGAUGGGAUUUUCAAUUCCGACGGAGAAUCCUGGCAUGAUCAGAGGAAGGUUGCGCGAUUGUUCAUUAAUGACUGCCGCUUCCAUCGGUUUUCCAAGAAAACCUGCCGGCGAAAGGUUGAGACAGAGUUGGUCCCAAUGCUUGAUCGUGCCUCUAAACUAGGCUUAGUUGUGGACUUGCAAGAAUGGUUUCAAAGGUUCACAUUUGAUACCUCUUGCAUGUUGUUCACUGGCUAUGACCCUGGUUAUUUAUCUUCUGAACUCCCUCAGGUUCCGUUCUCAAAGGCCUUGGAUGACACCGAGGAAGCCCUAUUGCUUCGCCACGCAGUGCCGAAAAGCAUGUGGAAGUUGCAGAAAUGGCUUGGGGUUGGACACGAGAAGAGACUCGAUGAUGCUUGGGAAACCCUUGACCGUGUCAUAUCUGAGUAUAUAUUGAUGAAGAGAGACGAAUUGAGCAAAGGGAUCAAAUCACAAGAAGAUCAAGAAGAUGGAGUUGAUCUCUUGACAUCAUAUCUGAUUGCAGAAGAUGAGACAGUCAUGGGAUCAUUAAAAUGCGAUGAUAAGUUCUUAAGAGACACCAUCCUAAAUUUCCUUAUUGCAGGAAGAGACACUACUAGUUCAGCACUCACAUGGCUUAUCUAUCUGGUUUCAACCCACCCCUAUGUUGAAGCCAAGAUCAGAGAAGAACUGGAAUCAAUUGUGCCAACAGAUGAAGCUAACAAAUGGAGGCUAUUCGAGGUAGAAGAGGUGAACAAGCUAGUGUAUCUGCACGGUGCUAUUUGCGAAGCUUUGAGGCUCUACCCCCCAGUCCCAUUCCAACACAAGGCGUCUCUAAAGCCAGAUAUACUUCCAAGUGGUCACAGUGUUCAUCCGAAGAUGAAGAUACUGUUCUCUCUAUAUGCAAUGGGGAGAAUGAAGUUUAUAUGGGGAGAGGAUUGCUCAGAAUUCAAGCCAGAGAGAUGGAUUUCUAAGCAAGGAACAGUCAAACAUGAACCAUCAUACAAGUUCUUGUCUUUCAACGCAGGACCCAGAACUUGCAUAGGCAAAGAAGCGGCCUUUAACCAAAUAAAGGUGGUGGCGGCAACCAUAAUCCACAACUACCAUGUUCGAGUGGUAGAACGCCACCCUGUGACUCUUAAUGUUUCCAUAAUUCUCUAUAUGAAGCACGGAUUAAUGGUUAAACUGUCCAAAAGAUGGGCCUAAUAUGAUUGUUGCUUAGGAAGCUUAUCUUGUGUUGUAUGUUACCAAUAAUUAACUCAUAUUAACGAAGGUUUAUCACCAUCGAA